UAGACUUUGUGUACACAUUUUGGAUCCAGACUGUUGUAAGGUUCAUUUUCAACACUGGUUUACUGUCAUACAUUGAUAUGUUUGGUUUAGAUAUAGUACAGACUGUUGACAUGGACCUAUUGUUGAUACUUGUACCUACAGGUGUGUAACACAAAGCUUAUAAUGGACGGAUGUACGUACAACAUAUGGUGAUGAAAUACACGUUUUAGUUUAUGUGAUACUAGGGCCCUGUGUACUCUGUACAAUGGAAGUGCAUUAUAAAGUGACACAGACUUCCUCACCCACUCAUCACCACCUCCUAGAGAGGGACGACCAGGGCACUGAGGGCGGAGACAGACCUUUACCUGUCAGAGACAGAUUGUUCCCAGUAGAAACCUAACAUUAGUUGUUACAUUGAUACCUUAGUAUCUGAUUGCCUACCUGUUGAUCACCUGCCGAGGCAAAGUGACACGUUAAUUUUGUAUGCUUGAAAAAUUGUUAAAAUUGUGAUCUAGAAUGAAAAUAUUAGUUUAGACUUGAGUACAUGUGCAAGUUUCUAUUACUGUGUCUGUCCAGGAUCGUCUGCUAAUUAAACACCACCUGAAAAAGUCCACCUGGCCCAAACAGAUGUGUGGCCCCCCGUGGGGCAGAGGAACAGGACCCUAUAGGGGAAAUAGAGACUUACCUCGUAUGUAGAGUGAUUAAGGACAGGUAACAGACACAUCAUGUGACAGGUGUGAGGACAUUCUGGAGUCCAGUAAUACAGCCCCUGUAUGACAGAACAGACCUAUCUUGUAGUUGUCCACUACCCACCCAGGACCCGGGACGACUGUACUGGUCAAUUUGUGGCCAUUGGUCAUCAUGUCAGUGCAGACAUCAAUCACGAUGACACCUGACCGUAUACGUAACAAAGGGCCAGACUUCCUACGGAAUCAUGUCAGCAGCAGCAACAACAACAUCUUUGCACAUCGGCGUAAGAGUGCAGUAGAGCUGUUGGAAGCCUCCAAGAGUGAGUACGUCAAAAGUCAGAGUGUUCUCAAGUCGAGGCAGGAGCUGAAACAUCCGGAGAACCUCCACAUAGGAAAGCAAACGCCAAGUCAUCUGGGACGGUCAAAAUCAGAAUUCUCCCUGGCAGUAGGAGACUCUGAUCUGAAUGGAAACUGCUCUUUCAUUGUCGGACGGCCUGUAGUCUCAGUGUUGCCAUCUGGUGAGAGGGAAAAAACAAAGUCCCGCCCCCCUGACCUACCGCCAAAACCAUCAAAAUUUAACAUCUCAAGUGGAACGGAACGAUUAAAUCAGGUACACCAGUGUGUUGAGACCAGUGACUCAUCCAAAAUCAAUACUUUUGAAAAUGGUCGACCUCGAUGCAUCAGUGCCAAUUCAACAUCUUCAAAUUGUGUAAGUGACAAAUCUGACCAAAGUAAUAGCAACUGUAGUAAGAGUAGGACUAGCACUCAAAAGAUGAACUCCAAGUCUAAAGACGGUGACACCGAGCCAAAAUUGUCACGGUCCAGAGACCCGGAGCGACCACCAAGGUCUCGGGACUGCCUUUUACCCUCAACUUAUCAAUCCCUCAGUACAUCAGUCACGGUGCUAGUGGAAAAGCGAUGUGCAGGGACCAGCACCACACACACUCCAACAGACACAGCUAUCUUACGGAGGAGGAAAAAAACCCUCCACAGGUCUCAAUCUGACCUCAGUUGCCGACAUUCUAGAAACAGCUCCGAUUUCUCGGAUUUAAGUUCCAGACUUUCUCGGACAAGCACAGAACUGGAGCGUUUUUUUAAUGAAAUGGGUAUAGACAGGAGUGUGCUGGAUCCCAUGAUGAAACUUCAGCACAAUCACAAAAAGGAAAGUGACUAUUUUGAGAGUUUAAGUUCCUUGGAGCUGGGUUCUGAGGAUCGAAGCUCAUUGAGUGGGGUGUCCCAAGGUGCAAAGAGUCAAGCAGACAAAGAUAAAAAGGAUGAUGGAAAAGAACGUAACUCUCCCCAGGGAACACAGGUGGAGAAAAACGCACGCAUCAUUAAAUGGUUAUGUAAUGUGAAGAAGGCAAGAUUUCCUCCCCCUCAGCAAGCAUCCUAACAGUAAAUUCAUGUCAUCGUAAAUUUUUUAGUUUCCAGUUGUGAGUGCCAGUGAGAGAUGUGUGAGACAACCGUUGUGACCAGUUUAAAUCAACCAAGGCAAACUUAGAAUUUCCUGUGCUUCAUUUCCAUGCUGAACAAAACUGAUUACUUCUCAUGUUUUAGUGAGAAAUUUGUGAAAAUCAAGAGCAGUGUUUAAAUAUCAUACCUGUCUAUUUAUUACAAGUAUGGUUAGCACACUGUAAGUACAUUCUUGUAUAUAUGUACCAGCAGUGUGAAAUACUAAAAAAUCCAUGCAGAUUGUGAUGACAUCUAUGUUUUAAUAAGAGAUCAGUAUAUUAUAAGACAUCAGGUGAACACCAUUGGGUAUGAACAUGAUACAAAGUAAGUCACUUUUAUACCUUUUGUACCAGUGAAAUAUUAAGAUCAGUAUCAUAAAUUAUCUUCUUGAAAUUUAAAAAAAUCUUUAAGAUGGUUCACGUUCAUUGGUGAUGAUAAUUGAUUAUGAUAUUAACAUCAAAGGCGAUACGUGAUUGUGGUACAGUGUAUCAGGUAUGGACAGAGGAGAUAUCGCAAUCAAAGGCGAUAUGUGAUUGUGGUACAGUGUAUCAGGAAUGGACAGGGAAGAUAUCGCAAUCAAAGGCGAUAUGUGAUUGUGGUACAGUGUAUCAGGUAUGGACAGGGGAGAUAUCGCAAUUAAAUGUGAUACAUGAUUGUAAUAUCAGAACAAAGAUGCUGACACAACACCAUGUUAUAUUUAUGUUUAUUAAAGGGAACUUCAAAUUCAGUUUUAUUUCAUUUCCAAAAAUGCAGGAGAUUGCAGGUUACACAUUAACAUAAUUAAACAAAUAUGUAUAUUAUACAAGUAUGUAUAUAUACAUUUAUAUAUUAUAUACACAUGUGUUCAAAUUUAUUCACUUAUUAGAGCAUCAAUCACUCAAUACAUUUUAUAAUUUGUGGAUUUGUACAAUAUAUUUACAAUUACUUUUACAUUUAAUUAUAUCAGGUGUGCAUUUCAAAUUUGUUGUUGAAGUUUAAAAUUACUGUAAACUUUGUAUGUGUUGACGUUUUUUCAAAACUCUGUUGUCCAGAAUAAAGAACAGGAUUCUAAUAAUCUAUCUUUCCCCUUGUCUACCACACUGUAUAAAGUCUGUUGUAAAUAUUUGACUGGUUUUGGAUAAUAUAAUGACAAAGUGCUGAAUAAAUCCAUGAAAAAGAAAUUGGUUAAGAAAUUAAACAUCAAUGUAAAAUUUUAAGUUAUCAAAGAAACAUUGUCUUCAAUUCUAUACUAGCAUUGUUAGAUUAAUCUGUUUAAAUGUUACCAUAUACACAAAGUGCUGAAAUGUGUAGCAUGCAAGCUAACAGUUUUAUGUAAAUGUAUACAAGAGGAAGGAAAAUUCACUUUAUUGCAUACACAUGUUUAUCAUGACAAAAUGUAUGUCACAUAUGCCUGCAUACAAUGUUAUGUUCACUGUAUUGUUGCAUGUAUUUUGAAAGUAUGGGGACUAAGCAAGAUAUCUAUAGUUUUAGUUCUAUUAUACUUUCAGUACAGGAACCAAUCCACGAGGCUCUAAUUAUCUCAACAUCUGUAUCAGUUAUAAGUUGUCUGAUCAAUAAAUACUACUGGGUGAACAGUUUCUUUGGUGAUCAGUAGCCCACUUGCCUUUCACUAAUUCAAUAGAUUGAAAGGUAUUGGGUCAUCUGCCUAACCACAUUGCUUUUCUCCGGGUCCUCAGUUUUUUCUCCUGGUCCUAGGUUUUUUCUCCGGGUCCUCGG